AUGGACGACAGUGAACUUGUCCGAGCACCUUUUAAUCACGUCUUGGGCACAGCUUUUACAAAUGUGCCAGCUUUUUCGAAUACGGAUGAUGGCGUGUUUCAUAUCGAACGUCAUUAUAUGCAUGGCGUGUUUCUUGGAGUUAAAUGGCAGUGUGUUGAAUACGCACGACGAUGGUUAUUACUGAAAAAAAGUUGCGUUUUCAAGAGUGUUCGGUUUGCUGCGGAUAUUUGGACUCAACUGAAAUACGUUGAGCGUGUUACUGACGAAAAACAAUUUCGUUUAAUACCUCAUGCGAAUGGUUCUCCGACAAAACCGCAGGUCGAUUCGUUUCUUAUUUAUUCAAUUAGUGAAGAGCAACCUGUCGGUCAUAUUGCUGUUAUCUGCGAUGUGGGACCAGAUUACAUUCGUAUUGCUGAACAGAAUGUUAAGUUUCACUAUUGGAACGGUGAAUACGCCCGCGAAAUUCGUAUGGUAGAAAAAGACGGUCUGUAUUAUCUUGAAGAUGAAGAUCCUAUGCAUGGAUGGAUGGAAAUUGAAGAUGAGAACAAUGAACUAAAACCGUUGGAUGAAUCUGUUAUCAAUAUGAUUCAUCCUCGCUAUCAAGAACGUCUUCCGAUAGGUAAAAUUCAACGAUGUGCCAUUCCCGAGAAGAGUGAUGUGACAAGAGAUGGUUGGUUAAACAAAGACAAUCCGCCAGAGGAAUUUUUUAUCGAACAUUUUCUCGAUAAUUUUCAACGUGUAAAUAUUUCUUCGAAUCAUUUAGUGUAUUAUAAAAUUAAUGUUGAUUUUCUUCUGGCGACUGCUGAAACAUCGAAUGAAUUACAUCAAAUGUUUCUCGAAGCAACCAAACGUGUCAUUGACGAUGAUGCGUUAUUAACACGUUUUGGAAUACCAAAGCGACUUUGGAAUCGUCUUCGCCGUUCCUGGAAUGACGAACAACAUCUGACGAUGACGGGUCGAUUAGAUUUAGUAUUCAAUGGAGAACAAACCAAAGUUUUAGAAUAUCAUGCUGAUAAUACAACGGCUCUUUUUGAAAGUGCUAUUAUACAAAAGAAAUGGGCAGAAAUAGGUGAAUUACCAUCGAGUUUUACUUCAGGUCGACGUCUCCAUCAGAUCUUAGUUAACAAUUGGAAAAUAAUGGAUAUCACGGCUCCGAUACAUUUAUUAAUCAACGACAAUCAAGAAGAAAUGCUUACUGCUCUCUAUAUGCAAAGCGUUCUAAAAGAAGCCAAUGUUUCAUCGAAGCUUUUCAUCGGUACCGAUCAACUAUUCUGGAAAGACGAUCGUAUUGUUGAUAAAGAUGGUGAACUAGUUCAAGUAGUUUGGAAGUUAUGGGUCUGGGACACUGUUCUUCGCGAUGAGCAGUCCGCUGAACAUCAGGAUGAUGAACAUCCACGAAUAAGUGACAUUCUAUUACAUGAACAAAUUAAAAUUAUUGAACCUUUUUGGAAGAUUAUUACCAAGAAUAGAGCACUCUUAUCUGUACUGUGGGAAAUGUAUCCCAAUCAUUCACAUUUACUACGUGCUGAAUGGAAUUUAACGGAUGAAACCAAAGAAAUAUUAUUUGUUAACAAGCCAAUGUAUGGUUCUGAUGGUGAUGGCAUUUAUCAAGAACGUUUUGCGUUGAACAACUAUGAUGGACAUCAACCUGUUAUUAGUAGUUGGAUUAUUCGAGAAAAAUUCGGUGGAUUCGUUGUUCGUGAAGCUGAAAAUUCGAAUGCUAAUGAGAAUAGUUGUGUAAUACCUUGUUGUAUUGUGUGGGAAGAAGAAAAAUAA